UCGGGACGGAAGCGUCAUCGGCUGCGGCCGCUCGCGGGGAUUUGCUCUGAGCGCGAGGAGCAGCAGGAGCGACGGGGCUGGGGGUGCGCGUACCCGCUCCCUCCUAGGGUCAGUCUCCUGGAACAGAAGGCGCGAGAAGAAGGCGGGUGGACACGCGCCCCAGGGAUUGAGCCGCGAAGCGCGCGCUGUAGUCGGGCGCGGGGAGCAGUCUUCACUUGCCGGGACCAAGGGCAGACGGGCACAGCCAAUUAGGAGGUGGGACUGAGGGGUGUCCUACCAAUUGGGAAGAACAAGGGAAAGAAGCCCGCCAACCAAAGGAGAGCUCGCUGUAGCCUCCCCGCCAAUCGGAGGAGCGGCAGCAGCGGCCGGAGCCGGAGCGGCGCGCCAAUCGCCGGCUAGCCAGCAACAGAGGGCGCGGAGUCGGGGAUGUCCUACAAGCCCAUCGCGCCUGCCCCCGCCAGCUCCGGAGCCGCCGGCACCAGCAGCAGCAGCAGCAGCGCCAGCCCCGCCCCCGGAGCCCCGCCGGUCGCUACAAGUGUCCCAUCUCCAUCUGGAUCAGUCCCUGGAGCUUCUGCCCCCUUUCGACCUCUCUUCAACGAUUUUGGGCCCCCAUCAAUGGGCUACGUGCAGGCUAUGAAGCCACCAGGUGCCCAAGGUUCCCAGAGCACAUACACGGACCUGCUUUCUGUUAUUGAGGAGAUGGGCAAGGAGAUCCGACCUACCUAUGCAGGCAGCAAGAGCGCCAUGGAGCGGCUGAAGCGAGGGAUUAUCCAUGCCCGAGCACUGGUAAGAGAGUGUCUGGCAGAGACAGAGCGCAAUGCCCGUACGUAACAAUUGCUUCCUUCCGGCACCACCUCGUGAACUUUCUGGCCAAUCAGUACCACUUUGAAAUCUGGAGAUCCACCCCCUGCCCUUUCUGUCAAUCAGUGUUGUACAUACUGGAACUACUAUUGCCUUCAAAGACCUUUAUACCAAUUGGCACCUAAGAAUCUGAAGUGUCUCCUGCUGCAUCAGAAUACCUCCCAUCAAUUGGCAUUCUGGGAAUUGAUGCAGAAUCAUUUUGUUGCACACACCUGAUCAACCAAUGAGAAUAAUGGCUGGAAGCAAGUCUGUCUUUAUAAAUUUUCGGGAGCGGGGGUAUAAAUAAAAGAAAAGCUUUGGAAUUGAGAUUCUCUUGUUUUUCCCUGUGUGUUUUUAAAAUCUCAUGUGAUGAAAACGAAGACAUUGAGGGUUUGCAUUGCAAGAUGUGCUUCCAUAGAAAAGCAGUACGUGACCUCCUCCACCACUUGCUGUGGAAACUUCAGCCAGGAGUCAUUGAGCCAAUACUGGAAAACUUCUAAUAAAAUAUUUCUACUCCUUG